AUGCUUAUCGUGUCAUUGUCACGUAUUGUGCUGGUGUUAAUCAUCCUUAUAUUGAUUACAUUUCUAACUGACAAUAGCAAUUGUGAUCAGGAUGGUAAUAGUCAAACACAUAUUCAUCGUUUUUAUCCACCAGAAUUUCGUGCUGCACAUAGUCCAUCUUAUGAUUAUAUCUAUAUACCAGGUGAUAUAUUACUUGGUGGUUUUUUUCCGAUUCAUCAACCACCGUCAAAUGAAUUUGGUUCUAAUCAAUGUACAGCUAUUAAACGUGAACGUGGUAUUCAACGUCUUGAAGCAAUGUUAUUUGCAUUAGAUGUUAUUAAUAAUCAAUCAUCUAAUUUAAUGUCUUCGAUACUUAAUAAAUAUCAUAUACGUUUCGGUGCAUUGAUAUAUGAUUCAUGUGAUUAUGAAUCGUAUGCUGUUGAACGUGCACUUAAUAUGUUAUUACCAUCACUUAAUCAAUGUAUGUCAUUCACUAAACAAAAUCAUUCAUUAUCAUUUAUUGCCGGUGUUAUUGGUAGUGCAUCAAGUAUUGUUUCAAUGGCAAUUGCAGAUAUUCUUCGUUUAGCUGAGAUUCCGCAAAUAUCUUAUGCAUCAACAAGUACGGAAUUAAGUCAAAAACCACGUUUUCAAUAUUUUUCACGCGUUGUUCCACCCGAUACAUAUCAAGCAGAAGCUGUGGUCAGUAUUAUUCAAUUUCUCAAUUGGACUUAUGUUGUUGUUAUUAAAGAAACUGGUUCCUAUGGUGAACGUCUAACAGAUGAUUUUAAAGCCAAACUUAAAAAUAAAACAAUUUGUAUUGCUGGUGAAUUAUCAGUUAAUAUCAAAGAUUCAGAGUCUUAUGUACGUGUUAUAAAAGAAUUAUCUGAAGAUGAAAAAUACCGUUUUGUUGUUGGUGUUAUUGUUUUUGCACAAGAAGAUACUGUUAGGCAACUACUCAAUCAAACAUCAUCACGUACUGAAUUAAAUGGUCGAUGGGUUUUUCUUGGUACAGAUGGUUGGGGAAAAAAAUGGUAUCCAGUAGAAAAUUUUGGACGUGCUGCUAUUAAUGCAAUAACAAUAGCUCCGAAAUUAUAUUUAAUUCCAGAAUUUGAUAAUUAUUUUAAUAAUUUAACACCAUCAAAAAAUACUCGAAAUCCAUGGUUUCGAGAAUAUUGGGAAGAAACAUAUAAAUGUAAAUUUGAAGAAACACCAAAAACUAUGUUUAAUCAAAAUUAUACACGUUUAUGUUCAGAUAUUGAUAAUACAUAUACGAAUUUAUCUGUACCAUAUUUUCAAGAAGGUUAUGUUCAUUAUGUUGUUGAUGCCGUAUUUACACUUGUAAUAUCAAUACAAAAAUUAAUUGAUGAAAAAUGUCCAAAUUCUUCAAAACAAAAACCAUUAUGUAAAGAAUUUUUUCCAUUUGAAGGAACAAAAUUAAUUUCAAUUUUACGUAACAUUACUUUUCGUAAUGCAUUAUCAAAACGUAUUAUUAAAUUUACACAAACUGGUGAUGGUAUUGGAACUUAUGAUAUAUUUCAAUAUCAAAUUAUUAAUUCAACUGAUACACUUGAUUAUAUUACUAUUGGUGAAUUUAGUGAUAUUGAUCAUAGUAAUGAAAGAGUUCAUAUUGAUCUUCAAUCAUUGAAAUGGUUUAAAUAUAAUCAUCAAUUAUUGAAAUGGUCUCAAAUUUGGACAACACCUCGAUCAUUUUGUAGUGAAUCUUGUCAGUCAGGUGAAAUACGUAGAAACUCCGAUUCUGAACAAUGUUGUUGGACAUGUCGUCCAUGUGAACCAUUUCAAAUAGUUGUUAAUGAAACACUAUGUAUAUCAUGUCCAGAAAAAGAAGUACCAAAUUCAAAUUUUUCUAAAUGUAUACCUGUGAAAGAAGAAUAUUUAUCUAUACAUAAUGCAAUAGCAUGGCCAGCAUUAAUACUUUCAUCAAUUGGUGUUUUAAUGACAAUAUAUACAAUUGUAAUUUUUAUACGUUUUUCUCAAACACCAAUUAUAAAAGCAUCAUCACGUGAAUUAAGUUAUUUUUUAUUAUCUGGUAUAUGUUGUUGUCAUUUAUGUGCAUGGCCACUUAUACUUAAACCACAUUUAUUAACAUGUUUAUUUAUACGUAUUGGUGUUAGUUUAAGUUUAACUAUAUGUUUAGCUGCACUUUUAACAAAAACAAAUCGUUUAGCACGAAUAUUUAAUAAUAGUCAACGUUUAACACAACCAUCAUGUCUUUCACCACGUUCACAAUUAGGUAUAUGUGGUGCAAUUGUUAGUAUACAAUUAAUAGGUGUUAUCGUAUGGAUAAUUAUAUCACCACCAGCAAUUAGAUUAAAAACGGAAUUAAGACAUAAUCAAAAACGUUUAAUUUUAGUUUGUCAAACCGAUAAUGAAUAUAUAGCUUGUUCAUUAAUUUAUAAUAUGAUACUUGUUAUAUCAUGUACAUUAUAUGCAAUUAAAACACGACAUAUACCAGAAAAUUUUAAUGAAGCUAAACAUAUUGGUUUUGCUAUGUAUUCUAUAUGUAUUAUUUGGUUAGCAUUUAUACCAAUAUUUUUUGGUUUAAGAAGUAGUGAUAAUUGGUUUCGUAUUCAAUUGGUUAGUCUUGCUAUUUGCCUUAGUUUAUCCGCUACUGUUAUACUUUUAUGUUUAUUUGCACCUAAAUUAUAUAUUGUUCUUUUUAAUCCGUCCAAAAAUAUACAUGUGAAAUUUAAACCAACAUUAUCAACUCCACCCGCAUCAGUUGAACGUCCAAGUACAAGUAAUAAUCUUGAUGAAUCAGCAACAGGUAAUAAUCGUCGUCGACAACAACGUACAUCAACAGAUUAUACAACUGAAGUUUCAUUAUACAAUUCAAAAUCGGAUAGUUCAGGUUUUAAUAUAAAUGAUGAAGCAGUUCAAACAACUGCUAUAUAUAGUGGUAAUUCAAUUUUAAAUGGUGCAUGUACUGAUGCUGAACGACAUCAACACUAUCAACAUCCAUUUACACAUGAUGAUGAAACAACAGAAUUUUUAUCAAUAUCUAAACAACGUAUAACACCAAAUUAUCUUCCACAUUCGCCAUUUAAACCAACAUCAUCAAAUUUAGUUAUAGCAGCUGAAAAUCCAUGGAAAAAAUUAAGUAAUGUUCGAUAUAAACUUGAUGGACAUGAUAAUAAUCAACAUAAUCAAACACAUUAUCAUCGUGUUCAUGCACAACAUAUCACUUUUGUCUGA